ACCACUCGAGCUCGCCGCCGCCGCCGCCGCCGCCGCCCCAGCGACCCCAGCUCUCUCCCUCGCCGAUCCAAGAUGAAGUACAUCGCUGCCUACCUGCUUGCCUACCUCGGUGGCAACUCCUGCCCCUCUGCAGAGGACCUGACCUCCACCCUGGAGUCAGUUGGUUGUGAGAUCGACGCUGAGAGGCUGGAACUCUUGCUGACCCAAGUGAAGGGCAAGGACAUCACUGAGCUCUUGGCUGCUGGUAGGGAGAAGUUCGCUUCAGUUCCAAGCGGUGGUGGUGGUGCUGCUGUCGCAGCAGCUGCUCCCACCAGUGGCGGUGCUGCUCCUGCAGCUGAGUCCAAGAAGGAAGAGAAGGUCGUUGAGAAGGAAGAGAGUGAUGAUGACAUGGGUUUCAGCCUGUUUGACUAAGUGGUUGGCAUCUCCUAUCUUCAGCAUCGACAUUUGUCCAAGAAACUAGAGUCUAUGAUGUUUAGUCUUUCUUUAGCUGAGUUGUGAAACACUGGGAAGACUGUUUUGAUAUGUAAUUCAGCCCUUGGUGCUGGUUGAUUUACUGGUGAACCAUACCAUUUUGCUAUCCAAAUUUCGUGCUUUCUCAGCUAUCUGCUGUCUCUGAUAAAUUUAAUUUGUACCUGUUGAUUGCUUUGA